AGUCAACGUCACUACUCGGACUCACCCAGUAAUCGGCGCUUAAUGUCGGCGUUGUCCCUGAUAUUCUACCUAGUCUUGAUGCAUGACGAUGAUGCGAAUUUGGGGGUAUUUCGAUCUCCUAGUACUUCCGUCUCAGGAAAGCGAGUUAUCACCGACCAAAAGCCUUGGGGCGAUCCGCAGGAAUGGCGUCCAUGGCUCCAACCACCCCAUGUACUUCGAGACUCUCAUCAUUUUUGUCAUGAUCUUGUGAGAUGCACACGUUAAACCAGACUACGCCAUGCCGAUGGUCCAUAAGUGAUGGCGUAGUCCAGCCAUUUAACGAACUUGAUUGGCGGAAAUGGAUGUACAGGGUCUCUCCUUACACAUACAUCAUUGAGGGUCUCCUUGGUCAAGCUAUUGGCGGAGACUCGAUCAAAUGCUCCUCCACUAAACUUGUCUCUGUCAACCAUCGAAGGGCUCGAUGUGUGACAACUACAUGGGCCCUUCAUAGAAUUCGCAGGCGGCUAUCUCACUAAUCCUGAAGCUACAGGGCGCUGACCAGUUCAUGUACUCGAGGUCCAACCUUAAAUACAGUAAUCACUGGCGCAACCUGGGCAUCGUCUUUGGAUACGUUACGUUCAACGUGAGCCACUGCCGGACGGAUGUCAUCAGGAAAACCCUCCCAUGUUCAUGCGCAUUCGCACCGUCAGCGUGUUUGCUUCUCUCAGGCAAAACCUAACUCGUCGCAAGUAGAUUGCAAUUCGUGCGUACCAUAUAUGUACCUCUCGGAUGUACUCACAUAGCUUGAUAUACGUGUUGGAAAUCCAACCCGCCAAUACAGUACAUAGUAUAUCUUUCGUUUUUCGUUUUUCGUUUGACUCGAACACUCGUUCUGCAGCGGAGUUACCAUAUUAGGCAACU